CGAAUUUGAUUUUGGUGGGAGUCCUCCUCCGUCACACUUCCAGAGAAGAAACGCUCCACAGAGACUUCAAAUCAAUACCCAGUCAAAUUCCGGCAGAGGACGAUCACGCUCACAACGCUUAUGGAAAUGGGAGUUAGUAACAUUGGACUAAGUCUGGCUUGGGAAUGAGGCAGUGAGAUAUUUCUCACUGUAUCCGAUGUAGAAGAUGGGAUGUGUAGGAGUGAUGCAACAUUCAGGGCACUCGUAUUCCUUCAGUGGAUGUUUUAUACCAUGUCCUUGGACCAAACACUAGUCACAACAUUGGGCUAGUAUUGCCGUCUGCUGACCACCGGUGGCUCAAGUUGAAGGACUUCAGAUGGACUCUGUAUUUUCUGUGAUACAAGCUUGUUCUUGCCAGGAGUAAUCGUCCAAUAUCCCACUUUCGUGAUUGGUUGUCUUAGAAAUACACACAGCCGGAAAAAACAGGAUAUUCAAGCUCAUAACACCCUACCAGGAUUCAACAGUGUUGCCGGGCAUAGUACUGAAAACAAUACAUUUAGAUAAACAACUUUAUUAGGAGCUCAUGUUAAUUAGUUGUUUUAACGUGAUGUCUAUUAUUUUGCAUUUAUUUUGAGAUCUUAAUUUAAACCUCGUGAUCGUGAGUGUUUCCCUGAUCAGAUAUAUUCCAGAUGUAUAUUGCACUGACACAGUUGGAUGAUGAAAGAUGAGGUAUGUGAUAUGGACAAUAGCCUCUCUCCAGAUACCUGACAGUGAUGAAGAUUGUUGGAUUUGUAUAACAAUACUAAGCUGAUGUUAUUCAACAGGGACAGGUGAUAUGAAUGAUAUUGACCCCUGAUAUACAAUGCUAUGUCUGCAGGACAUGUGUAACAAAACUGAUUGGUAUUAAAUCAAGGAAACAGUAUUUAUAGCAGAGUGGAAUGUCACAUCAACAGAAAGAGAUAUGUCCCAGAAAGGAGAGAAAUGCAAAUGGAUGUGAAGAUGACUGCAUUCGAAAGAAUUACUGUUGACGUGGGACAGUUGUGGAAAGAUUUAUUCCCGGCUGUCACACACUAGUGUUGUGUUCAGUCAGAUAAUAAUAGAAAAGAGCCUCAAAUUGAGAGAAUAUAGCUGGUUACACUGAUACUGUGUGAUAUUCGUUUAUUUUAAAAGAUAUCAUGAUAUAAUACAUUAAGUUUUUGGGGACAGGAAGUCAUGAUCAGUAAGAAAUAAGCAGGACACUGAUUGUCAACAAAGUGGCUGUGAUGUGAAUAGUAAGUGUGAUUUGGUCUGUUUAGACAAGGAGAUUGACCACCUGUGGACCAGGAAUUGACCCAUCUGUGGGACUCUUGUGUGGAAGUAGGACGGUGGAAGUAGUGUUACACAGGACACACUGAGUCCUACGUUUGGUUGCUGACAAGUGGAACUGUCGAGGUGCUGGCAUAGUGUAUACAUGUGGACAUUCUGUUGUUAAUGUAUGCAUAAAGACUUGAGAUCUUGACUGUGUUUACUUGGAGCAGAAGUGGGACACUUGACUGGUGUUACGUGGAAGUAUUUGCAUGCAGAUACUUGUUGCGUCUGCUGUACCUGUUCACAUGAGGCUGGAUUGUGGUCGGUGAAGCGUAACCAGCUAGGUUGAAGGUCAAGCCAAUGAACAAGAAAAGGAAACAUUAUCGAGUUUGAGAUUGUUAAUGAGCAUGACCUGAAUUGCAACACUCACACUCAAUAUCUGCAUAUUUGUUCAGACAGUUCUUAUAUGUGUUCCAUGCCUAUAAGCUUUGGAGCUGAUUAUAGGGUAUAGCAAAUUCUGUGGUAUCGACUUAAGCUGUAAGCGUGUCUGGCUGUGGAUUUGAGAAAGGUAUUGAUGAUUUGUUUGACCCGGCAUCUUCUGCCUCGUUUGUGUGAGAGAGAGAGAGAGAGAGAGAGAGUCAGCUACGACCGGCCCAAUCAACAGUUUACCCAUGUCGACCAGCUUCUUACAAACGUGCCAGAUAAGAUCUGAUUGUGUGGCAAGUGCUUUAAUCCUACAUUUGGAAUAAACACUGGUUUACGGGAGCUCCACCUCCUGUGUGCCCAGCUUGGCACUGUGUUGGGAUUAACGAGGAUGUGAUUGGUUUUAAUUGGUCAGUUUGAUAGAGGGGCACAUGUAAACAUGUGUGUGGAUGGAUCCUAACUAUACACUUAAGGGACAAGGUACACUUGUAGAUACCUCAUGCCUUUCACAGCUGUGAUUGGACUUCUUGUGGAGAGAGGUGUCGACAUGUGUUCCCGAUUGUUACCAUACACACGUUUUGUUAAAUAACAACUUUCAUCAUGACAGAUCAGUCUCAGUUUCGGAAGUAUUUUGCUUCCAUUCUGCUUAGAAAAUCAAACAAGAAAAAGCCUGAAGUAAAAGGGAAAGUUGCAGAACUUCGAUAUCAGGACGCUGUGAGCCGGUCCAUGGAUAACCUGCUCACUGUAGCAGCUAGUGUCCCUAUACCCAAAGAUGUCACGGCUGUAGAACCACCUCACAAAACAUCCGAAAAGCCACCGUUGCCAAUACCUCGUGAUCUUGCACAUCUACGCCGACAUUCGUAUGACUAUUGUGUUGACAAGGCCAACGAUACUGCUGAGGAAGGAAGCGAUGCACCAAGUGAUGACGAUGACCGUCGAGAAACUGACCAGUUUACAAAUGUCCUCUUACAUUCCAGAGACUCGGAAGCGUCAGCAUCCCCUGUGCCUUCGCAGAAAAGAUAUUCCGAUGGAAGUGGAGUGUUUAGUUUCGUCCGCAGGUCCAUGUUAUCAUCGAUGGGUCGAUCUGGGAGUAUUACUAGUGAUAAGGAUUCGGAUAUAGACGAGGAUUAUUUAAGAGAUCGGGAUCGAGAUCGUGUGAGUUUGUCAAGUGUUCAGACAGCUAGUGUUUUCAAUUUAUCUGAGGAUGAUAGUGAUGUCUUUGGACAGAGGAUACCUGUUCAGAGGGGAUGGGCAUACUCAGAUGAGAUGAUGCAGGAGCCAACAGCACGUCAGCGUCAUAAUGUGUUCAUGGAACAUCCUUUCUUCAUGUUAGAAGUACAGCUGGUGGAGGGACGGGAUCUCGUCAUCAGGGACAGUUGUGGUACAAGUGACCCAUAUGUCAAGUUCAAGGUCGGGGGAAAACAAGUGUUCAAAAGUCGGACUGUCUUUAAGAAUCUUAACCCAAAAUGGGAUGAGAGUUUUUCUGUUGCAAUUGAAGACAUUUACAAACCUGUGCAGAUCAAGGUGUUUGACUAUGAUCGAGGCAUGCAUGACGACCCCAUGGGUGGCACAGAAAUAGAGCUGACAAUGCUGGAACUCAACAAAUGUACUGAGCUGCGACUGAAGCUGUCGGACCACAAGACAGAGUACAUGGGGUACCUCGUCCUCAACUGUACCUUGAUCCCAAAAACCCAGGAGGACAAGGAAGUGUAUUUUAAACGAAGUGUUCGCGGGUCGGACACAGGGUCCAAGAAGAUGAAGAUGCAGAUCUGGAGCAGUGUUGUGACUAUUGUGUUGGUUGAGGGAUCCAAUCUUGUUCCAAUGGAUGACAACGGCUUCAGUGAUCCAUAUGUCAAGUUUCAACUGGGAAAAGAGAAAUAUCGCAGCAAGUUUAAGACAAAGACGUUGAACCCCAAAUGGUUGGAGCAGUUUGAUCUACGCAUGUAUGAUGACCAGACUAGUCAACUUGAGAUGACGGUGUUUGACCAUGAUGUCACAGGGAAGGAUGACUUCAUGGGAAGAGCUGUGAUUGACCUGUCAAAGUUGGACAGGGAGACAACUCAUACCUUCUGCCAGAAUCUGGAGGAUGGCGCGGGAAUGGUCAGGUUGUUGUUGACGAUCAGUGGCACUGCUGGCAGUGAGACCAUCACCGAUCUGGCCAACUACACGCCCAACCCUCGCGACAGAGAAGAGAGAAUCAGAAACUAUGGUCUCCUCAAGUCAUUCAACAAUAUGAAAGACAUCGGCUGGCUACAGGUCAAAGUGUUCAAGGCUCAGGGAUUACGAGCAGCUGACUUUGGUGGCCAGAGUGACCCCUUCUGUGUACUGGAGCUGGUCAACUCAAGACUCCAGACUCACACCGAGUACAAGACACUCAACCCACAGUGGAACAAGGUCUUCACAUUCAAUGUGAAGGACAUUCACUCGGUGCUGGAAGUGUCAGUCUGGGACGAGGACCGGGAUAAGAAAGUGGAGUUCCUGGGUAAACUGUCCAUCCCACUCCUGAGGAUAAAGAAUGGAGAGCGUCGGUGGUAUGCACUCAAAGACAAGAAACUUCUUCACAGGGGAAAAGGUGCUAUUCUCUUGGAGAUGGAUAUGAUCUUCAAUCAUCCGAAGUCAGCGAUCAGAACGGUGAACCCUCGAGAGGAGAAAUACAUGCAGCCAGAACAAAAAUUCAAAAUAUCAAUCAUGAAGCGGAACAUUGACCGAGUGUCUCAGAUCAUCUCGUCCAUGAUGGACGGCGGCCGGUUCAUACAGAGCUGCUUCAACUGGGAGUCCACCCCGAGGAGCAUCACGGCCUUCAUUGUGUACCUCGUGGUAGUGUGGAACUUCGAGCUCUACAUGCUGCCCAUCACACUCCUCAUCCUAUUCCUUAAGAAUCUGGUCAUUGCUCAAAUACUUGGCGCUUUCAAGAAGGAACCUGUUGAAGACGAUUAUGUCGAUGAAGAUGACGAUGAUGACGAAGAUGAUAAAGAAAAGAAAAAGACUAUGAAAGGUGAACAAAAGGAGGAGAAGAAGAGUUUCAAGGAGAAGCUACAGGCAAUCCAGGAGGUGUGUCUGCAGGUGCAGCAGGGCAUGGACAUGGUGGCCUCGCUUGGGGAGAGGAUUAAAAACACAUUCAACUGGACAGUUCCCUGGUUAUCAGGACUAGCUGUGACUGUCCUUGUUGUUGGAACUAUCGUGCUAUACCUGAUACCCCUCCGGCUCCUUCUCCUAGCCUGGGGCAUCAACAAGUUCACCAAGAAGCUGAGAAAGCCAAAUGCAAUACCCAAUAAUGAGUUGCUGGACUUCCUGUCUCGAGUACCCUCUGACAGUGAACUGCUGCAAUACCGUGAAUAUCGUCCAGAUCUAGGAGGGACAACUAUAAGCAAGAAAAAACGCCAAUAACAGCAGGGUGUCCUUGCGACAUCAGACAUGUGCCUUCCUCAUUUGCAUACUCGAUUGUGAUUGGACCAUGUGAUACAUGCUGCCAUAUCGUUGCAUGAUCGCUUCACUUACUUUACGAAAUCCAUGUUGGCCAGUCUUUCAACCUAGAAUUGUUACGUAGCAUAUCUGUUGUUAGUGUGACCUGUGUGUGACACUUUGUUGAAGACUUCGACAAUUUCUUGACAUGGAGAUCUGAUGUAGGUGUCUUGGACUCGUCAACAGAAACCCUCCAUUUUAUAGCAUGGUGGCCCACUUGAAGGCGACAACCACUUCUUCUACCUAUAGUGGACAGGAUAUGUUACAUUAGUAAUGUCUCUACUCUGAUUCUGUAACAGACAUUGAUAUACGACUCAACGUUUGAUAGAGAUACCGGGCCAGUAGAUUCUAAAUUAUUGUUACCGGUAAUCAGUUUGUUGUAUCGUUGGAAUGAUAGGUAUAUCCUUGUCAAAAGUUGAGUAGUAUGUAAAAAGACUACAUUUCCCUUUACCACUGUACCAAAUGCUUAGCGCUUGUUCAUCAAGACUUUAUGGAAAUAGUAACUUCUCUAUGAUGAAUCUCACAAUAUUUCAUCUUCAAAAGGAAGAGCUGUUUGUUUUGACUUGUUUCAUCACAGCAUGCAUACAGCUAGGUUUAACAGAGCCUUCAAGCCAGUAUUGACACAUGAGUGAAAUAAGGCUACAAAACCUUCUGUUCCAUUAAUCUCUUUACAUAGAUAACCUUGACAGUAUAUCUGCAUCACUAUUUCACGAACUGAGAGACAGAUGUCUGUUAAGGACCCAACUGUUUCAUAAUCUGGGACCUGAGGAUUCUAUAAAAAGAAUUGUCCUCCGGUUUGAAAUAUUUCUUUAGCAUUGUUUGCUGGAUGGCCUGACUAAACAUGUUAAACAGCUAGAUCUUAAUGGCUUCACAGAGCUACCCGUCUGCUGCAGUGCCAUGUAAUACAUGUGUACAACAUGGGGUUGUCUGCAAUAUCAUAUGUCAUAAACAUCUUCAAACUUCAAUACUUCAAAAGUAGAGAGAACUGUGUACACAUUCCGCCAUUAGAUGCAAUAUCUUUGUUAGUUUCUCUCAAGAAGGUGUAGUCUGUUUUACAAUGUAUUAAAGAAGGUAUACCAGUGACUGUGUAGGUAGCCAAUGAGUACCACUGACUAUAUAGCUAGCCAAUGAGUACCACUGACUAUAUAGCUAGCCAAUGAGUACCACUGACUAUAUAGCUAGCCAAUGAGUACCACUGACUAUAUAGCUAGCCAAUGAGUACCACUGACUAUAUAGCUAGCCAAUGAGUACCACUGACUAUAUAGCUAGCCAAUGAGUACCACUGACUAUAUAGCUAGCCAAUGAGUACCACUGACUAUAUAGCUAGCCAAUGAGCACCACUGACUAUAUAGCUAGCCAAUGAGUACCACAGACUAUUUACCACUGACUUUAGAACUAGCCAAUGAGUACCACUGACUAUAUAGCUAGCCAAUGAGCACCACUGACUAUAUAGCUAGCCAAUGAGUACCACUGACUAUUUACCACUGACUUUAGAACUAGCCAAUGAGUACCACUGACUAUAUAGCUAGCCAAUGAGUACAACUAUUUAGCUAACCAAUGAGUACCACUGACUUUAGAACUAGCCAAUGUACCACUGAUUAUGGGUAUAGUAUUACAUUGUUAUAACAUUCCAGUGUGAAUUAGUGUUUUGUAACACAGAAUGUGUGUUAACAUGAUUAAUGUACCAAGUACCUGAGGGUAAUGUUAUUAAGCUUUACAUCAGGUCAAACAAAAUACUUGUGUUUCAGGUUUCAUGUCCUUAACAGAGGGUUGGAAGGAAGAAGGAAGAUAAAUGAUGUUAUUAUAUUUUUCUUAAUAGAACUUUCAGUGAGUUUUCUUAAGAACUAGUUACAAAUCUGAUAACAAGUGAAAUUAUGCAAUGAUUUGGUCCUCCAAAAUACAAAUAUUUGGGGGGGGGCAUUAGGUGGGGAGGGUGGAGUGGCUUAGUUUUGUGUUUGCUUCAUCUAUGGUGUAAAUCUACUGCUGAUUUGGAGUUUGUAGUUGGGAUUAUUUUCACAAUUUUCGAUAUUUUUUAAUUAGCAGUGAAAAUACCUCAUCUUGAACUCGAGAAAUCUAUGUGAGCAUGUAGUAACAUAGCGUGUGUAGUAACUUGCUAGGUAGUAAGAUCCCCAGUUUUAGAUAACCAUUUGUUUUCCUUGGUGUUGAGUGUCCAGCCAACCCCUGUGUCCACUGUUAUUGCCGUCGGUUGAUAGUGAAGGUGUAUGCAGUCAGGAACUGUCUUUCAAUGUGAUAUGCAUUUGUCUUUAUGAAUAUUUUGUCUGUUUAUGGUACAAAAAGAUAAACAUAUUUAUGCCUUUAUAAGUUUGAUAGUGCUAUCUCUGCAUUGAGGGAGAUCUCUGUGAUAAAAACUAUUGCAUCGUACAAGCUGUAACCCAUUGUUACAUAACCCACCAUAAAUGCAUUUCGUAAUUUUUAUAUUAUUUGUCUUGGGAAACAAAAAUCUUUUCUCUUUUGAUAAACGUGACAUCAAGUUGGACAGCAGCAAACCAUGGUGUGGAGCAUGAGGUACUCACUGUAGCCAUAUCAUGGAUUUAAACCAGGUCUGAGGCGAUAGCAAGCAAACACUAGAACUUACAUGAUGUCUCAGUUGUCAAGUAUUUGUUAGUCAUAUGGAAACAGUUUCAUGUGAUAUAGAAGCAGAUGUAUGUCAUUUCUACCUGGAUCCUCCAAGAGGGUCUCACUAGUCAGUGCGUGUUGUUUUGUGACCGGUGUCUUGAUAUAAGGGAUGGGUCAGUGGCAAGUUUGGUCACCCAAAUACACUUACUGCAUGGCACUUGUAACAAAAUGAAGUUAAGCCUUGAUUAUUCCAACUUGAAGACAUUGUUAAUGAUAGUAUCAUAAUCUGCAUAUCCCUGUCUUAUGGGAUUUCGAACGCUUAAGAAACAUUCGUAGUUUUCUCUACAGUCAUAUGAACAAAUGUAAAACAUCACAUUCACUUAUAAAAGAUAACUUUCUUUUAAAAACAAGCCAUCAUCUGAGUAUUUACAAUAACUGUGUGAUGCUACACCCCAUAUAGUGCGAGUAAUUGCGAUAAACAUGGCCGUCCGAAAACGUAUGACAUCUGAAAACCUAUGAUCCGACCAUAUGUGUAAUAUAACUGAUUGUCUUGUCAGGAGUGUUCCACUGUACACUAUCUGAGAAUGGUUGUUAAUUAAAGGAACAUAAAUUCUAUCGAUAUUAUAAAUUGUAUAUUUUUACAACAAAUAAUGAAUCUGUUUAAUUAAAAGGAUUAGACCAUUGAAAGAGUUCACAAGCAAUUUUAGAAAUCAGCCAAAAUAAAAAUAUGAAAAAUGUUCUUUAUCAGUGCAUAAGAAAGAAACCAUUGACCCAUCUCAUAUAAGAUAAUGACUGGUCCCUUAGAUGUAGAUUGGACUCUGAAUGAAGGAAACGUACAUGCACAUCUUUAACAGAUUCAUAUGCAAGCCUAAGUCCCUAUGGUGCUGUCAGAUUGGAAGUGAUUGGUUUGUAAUCGUUGAGACAAUUAGCCGGUAGUAUAUUUAGGUGUUCACAGUACUAGAUCUCCAUAGUGCUAGAGGUCAUUUGUUAAAAAAUUACUAUUUACCUUUCUCUUUGAUGGUCAAGGUAAAAAUAUUGUGAUAUUUAGGCGUAUGUUAUCCUUGUCGGAUGUAGCAAUAGAUGCCAUAAAAUAAGCCAAGUUGAAUGUCAAGUCGACAUGAAUAGGAACUAGAAUGUUUCUAGUUGUCUUCCAAAAUCUCACAGAUAUCAUGCAUGAAGUCAGUCUUAUUUAUUUCAUUCUCCAUAUCAGUGGUUAUACAAUGCCAAACUUGUACAUGUUUGGUCCAGUUGGUUUACUCGGAGUAUAUCUCUGAGUGCGUGAGUGAGUGAGUGUGCUGUAUAUUACUAUAAGCUCAAUGAUUUGACACAUCUAGAGAGACGAGAUUUAUUAAAUUUACAGGAGGUUGUAAAUGCUUGAUUUGAUCAUCUUAGAUGUCUUUUUGUAUUAAUCAGUGUUUUGUUAUAGUUAUUUUACUAAGAUGAUGUUCACAUAAGUUUGUACUUUAUGAUUAAUUUUGUUACUAAAGUAUUUUUAAAAGAGAGUAUUUUAUUCUGUGUCUGCUAGAGCCAUUCAGUAUUCUGUCUGGUCAGAUAGUUGGUGCCUGUAUUUUUAAUCAUCCUGUGUCUAAGAGAUUUGGUAGGCAGCCAUUUAGAAAUGUACCUUUGUAACUCAGGUCUUGUGUAUGUCCCUUGACAGCAUCCCGUUAUCAAUGUAACUCGGUGCAUUCUUCGUUUAUUAUUAGCCAAGGAAUAAAACUAUACACAUGUGGGAUAACUUUUAUUUACCGUAUUUGACGUAAUAAGCGCCCAGGGAGCUCUCAAAAUUAGAAAUAGGGGGCUCUUAUUAGAAUAUAAUUUUAGUGAAAGAAAAACAGAGUUGAAAGAUCGUACAUUUCGUGGUUUAU